CCCCAUCAUUGGUGUCAGUGGGAAGAAUCGUGCCCCAUCAUUGGUGUCAGUGGGAGGAAUAGUGUCCCCAUCAUUAGUGUCAGUGGAAGGAAUAGUGGUCCAUCAUUAGUGUCAGUGGGAGGGCAUAGCACCCCAUCAUUGGUGUCAGUGGGAGGAAUAGCGCCCCAUCAUUGGUAUCAGUGGCAGGAAUUGUGCCCCAUCAUUGGUGUCAGUGGGAGGAAUACUGCCCCAUUGUUGGUGUCAUGGGGGAGGAAUAGUGCCCCAUGGUUGGUGUCAGUGGGAGAAUAGUGCCCCAUCAUUGGUAUCAGUGGGGAGAAAAGUGCCCCAUCAUUGGUGUCAGUGGGGGAGGAAUAGUGCCCCAUCAUUGGUGUCAGUGGGGAGGAGGAAUAG